UCAUAAUAAACGACUUCAUGAGAAUGAUUUGGGAACAGGAUUGUGGCAAGAUAGUCAUGCUGACCAGCCUGAUGGAGGAUAUGAAGAAAAAAUGUGAGCAGUAUUGGCCAAAUUCCGGUUCUUUAGAGCUUGGCCUGAUCACGGUGACUCUGUUGGAUGAGGAGACCUAUGCAGACUUUGUCAUCAGGGUUCUGCAGUUGAGACAUGCCAAUGAAAAAGGGAGAACCAAAACUGUAAAACAGUUUCACUUCACGUCCUGGCCUGACCAUGGUGUGCCUUCGUUUGCCACACCUCUGCUGAACUUCCGUGAGAAGAUCUUGACUGCUCGGUCACCUCUGAAAGGGCCAGUGGUUGUCCACUGCAGUGCUGGAAUUGGUCGGACUGGUACCUUUAUUGGGCUGGACUACCUGAUAAACCAAGCUAAAAAGGAAGGACAUGUAGAUGUGCCUGCAUGUGUGACUCUGAUGAGGAAACAGCGAGUGAAUAUGAUCCAGACCCAGGAGCAGUACCAGUUUCUACACGAAGCACUUGUAGAAGCACUCAAACUCAGUGAGUGCUCUAUUCCCUCAGCAGAGUUCCAGGCUACAUACAAGAGCUGGGAGACCCCUGACCCCACCACGGGCAAGACUCCUUUGAAAGAGCAGUUUAAGGCAUUGCAGGAGAUGACUGUGCCCCUGAGAAAGACUGAUUUUAAAGCAGCUCUCCACCCUGAAAAUAAAUCCAAGAACAGAAGUGCCAAGAUUUUAGCAGCCGAUUCUAGCAGACCAUUCCUGUCCACUCCAGUCCCAGGGGGAAGUGAUUAUAUCAAUGCCGUCUUCCUGCCUGCGUAUAAAAUGAAGAGAGCCUUUAUUCUGACUCAAACGCCCCUGCCAAAUACAGUACUAGAUUUCUGGCGGCUUGUUUUUGAGCAAAAUGUCAGCUCCAUAGUUAUGCUCAAUGUCCUGUCUAAAGACAAGCCAAACAAGUCGGCAGUGAAGUACUGGCCAGAAAGUGAAGCAGAGUUUGGGCCAUUUCUUGUGGAGACUUUGGAGAUAGAAGCAGGGGACAUGUGUGAUGUGAGGACACUACAAAUAACCUACAAAAAAGAGGAAGACAAGAAGUUUACAAUCAAACAGUUCCUGUGUAAGUUUUGGUCAGAUGGCACCCUGUCCUCCAGUGUAUCAACUGGAAUCCUGUCUGUACUGGAAGAAGUGGAACGCUGGCAGCAACAGAGUCAGAACAGGCCAAUCCUAGUUCACUGCCUAGACGGUGUUACAAAGAGUGGCUUGUUCUGUGUGGCCUCGUCUGUCCGAGAGCGACUAAAGGUGGACCAAGAAGUGAAUAUCCUGCAGACUGUCAAACAGAUGAGGAUCCACAGACCUGAAAUCAUCACAGAUCUGGAGCAGUUCAGGUUUCUCCACAAACUUGUCUUGGCUUACUUGGAGAGCUUCCAAACUUACUCCAACUUCAAAUGAAUCCAGUCAGGACUUUCCUGGAGACUCGUUGGGGCUCUCUUCUGCAGGUUUUGUAAAAUUGACUGCAUAAUAUUGACUUUGAUUUCUUUACAUGAUGCUCUGUAUGCAUAUAUUUUUUGCUUUCACCUCAGUUUGUAAGGAUUGUAAUUAUUUUAAAAAAUAAAUAUUAUAUCUAUUAUAUAUGGUAUUUCAUAUAAAAUAUUUGGUGUACAAAUCAGUUCUUAAUAUUUUUAUUAAACUAUAGUUUUAAAUUUUAAACUAUUGUCAAUUGCUCAGUAGGUUUUAGUUAUUCUUUUCUGUUGUUAUACCCUUGUAAAACAGGGCAAGGAUUAUAUCUUCGCAAUUUCCAUUAUUACUUGAUCCCCUUCUGGUGCUGGAGGGUGCAAUAUGUGUAGAACCCCUCGGGGGGGGGGGGGGGGACAAUCAUUCGAUCGUUAAACAAAUUUCCAUUUGUUUUUGUGAACACAAUCAGUCCCAUUAAAAAUUGGUAUGUAAUUUGACGGUGACAAGUUACAGAUGAAGUUGGAGUUUUGUGUUACAUGGAUAUUUCUUUCAUUUUCAACAAAAUUAUUUGCUGUUUUUGUCCAGUUGUACGCUUUAGCAUUUGAAGCAUGGUACAUAGUUUCACCAGGUUUGGGGACAUUUUUUCCGUUUUCCACCAAUGUACAGCUGAUGUACAGCUGAUGUCCAUGCCGUGUUAUCUGUCUGUUCACAUAAUGAUUGCUGUAUUACAGACAUGGUGAUGUAUAUACUCUAAAUAUUUCCUUUACAGAUCAACUUUGAUGUUGAUUUUAAUCAUUUUUUUGCCUGAUUAUUGCUCUUUUGUACAAUGACAGUUUUGAAGACUUUUUGUUAGAAACCAUCAUGUCAAAUAGUAAUAGGCUAAAAAAUGCAUUUGGCUCAUUUAUGAUACUAUUAAAGGUGUUUAUUAAAGUUAUUUGUAUGCAUCUGUGGCAUAGAGGUUCAUGGCAUUGUUCUCUGCUCUUAUUACGUCCUUCUGAUCCAUUCUGAAAGCUUAGACCAGUUUGGGACGAUCAGUAUACUCUCAAAAUGCUUGUUCAAUUAACCCACUAAUUUAUUCUGUGCUUGUCUUAGCAUGGCUCGAUGUAGCCAGUCAGCUUUGGACUUCAAAUACUCAUUCACAAACUCUGAAUGUAUUUUUGACUGAUCAUGCAAUGUGGCCAUUCUUGCCCAGACAUCUGUCAGUCAGACUUGUCUCUGUUUCGCAUCACUCUGGUCAGUAACUUUUGAAAUCUUUGUAUAUAACCAUAACUUCUACAUUUUUAUACUAGCACUGGACUGCAUUUGUCUGCUGUGGGAAAGAACCUUUGUACUGAAUUGUUCAUGCUAGAUUUUAUACUAAUGUCAUUUGUAGCCCAUGGGCCUGAGUGGGUGUGGCCAUGGUGCAUAAAGGGUCUUGAUGCUUGAGUUCAGCCAUGUACCAAGGGACCAGUGCCUUGGAUAUCUGUGCAGUGAUUUUGCUGACUGAUAAAUGUCAUUAUAAUAUGUAAUAUUUAAAUGCUGCAAUAUAUUAAAUAUACUUUUUUGAACAAAACUUAAAUCAAAAUAUCAGUAAGGGUUUUC